CCUGAGUCGAAUUUCAAUACGUCCCGGUGGCUCCUUAGUUGAAAACACAAUAUCGAUUCACAGCAACAACAGCGCAGACAAAUAUUAAAAGUUUAUUUUUUUGAAGUGCAACACUAUGACUGAUCCCCAAAUUCAUCUAUCCUACUUCAUCUGCGGACCGGUGUUUAUAGCAAUGGUUUUUAUAUAUUUUUACUACUGCUGUCUAAAUGUCCGCGAGUGUAGAAGAUCCCGGGGUCGGGGGACUUUACUCUCUGUUUCUGACAAUAUCUCUGAGGAGCGGGUAGAAGUCUAUUGACAAAGCACUUACAUCUCGGAAUACAAUAAAUAUGAAUCACUGCACAAAGAAAAAAAAAACCUAA